AUGUCCAACAAAGAAGACGUUUACAAUUCAAGUCUAUUAUAUAAUUCAUCAUAGGAUUAAAUAUAAUCCUAACUGAAUGAAAAGCUUCUUAACUAACCAUCUUAUUAUAUAAUUUAAAAUGAAGCAGAUUUCUAGCAUAGAAAUAUACCUAAAAAUAAUAAAUUUCUUUGCUUUAGGAAGACUAAGUUUGAUUGGCAAGAAUAGCCAGAUAGAUUAAUUUAGACCAAUGUAUAGGAUAUGGAGGUUAUUGAUAAUUCUAUUCACACUGCCAAAUAUAACUUUUUUUCCUUCAUUCCUCUCAAUCUCAUGGAGUAAUUCUCUAAGCUUCCAAAUGUCUACUUUCUAUUGGUUGGAUUUCUGCAAAUGAUUGACGAAAUUUCUAAUUCAGAAGGCAGGCCCGUUAUAUUUUUCCCCUUGACUAUCAUUUUAUGUGUAACAGCGAUUAAAGAUGCCUACGAAGAUAUGAAGAGGCACAUGUAUGAUAAAUAGGAAAACAAUAAACCUAUUUUAGUAGCAAGAAACAAAAAUUUUAUGAAAGAGUAAUGGAGAAAUUUAAGAAUAGGAAAUUUGAUAAGAGUAAAUAGAGAUGAAUAUAUUCCAGCAGAUAUUAUUCUCAUUUAUUCUUCUAACAAAGGAGGAAAUUGCUACGUUGAAACUAAAAAUUUGGAUGGAGAGACAAAUCUAAAAGUAAAAUCUGUACCAAAAAAACUACAGAGUGUAUUUGAAACACAAAGCAAAAUAUUUAAUACGUUUAGUGUCUGCAGAUAUGAGAAACCAAAUCCAUUUCUUUAUAAAUUUUAAGGCUACAUUGAAUAUGAACAUUAGCUAAAGAUGAUCUAACAACCUCUCGAAAUAGGAAACUUUAUUUUAAGAGGCUGCUCGCUUAAGUAAACUGAUUAUAUAAUAGGAGUUGUGGCAUACACUGGAAGUGAUACAAAGAUUAUGCUCAACUCAGUUAAAGCUAGACCCAAGCUAAGUACAAUUUAAAUCCUGAUGAAUUCUGAAAUCAUAUUAGUAUUUUUAGUCUAGAUGCUAUUUUGCAUUGUGUGCGCUCUCUUAGAAUAGAGCUGGACUGGAGACAAUUUCUCAAGCAUUUAAUUUUAUUUAGGAUUAACAGAUAAAGAUUAGAAGCAUAAUGAUUCAUUUAUUGGAUUCCUAAUCUACUAUGGCAUGUGGAUGAUGCUUUUCACGAAUUUUGUUCCAAUUUCUUUGCUAGUAACUUUAGAUAUGGUGAAAUUUUUUUAGUCUAUGAAGAUUACUAAGGAUAAGCACAUGUUAGGGUAGGAUGGAUCAGAGCCCUUAGUUUAAAGUUCGGGUUUAAAUGAAGAGUUAGGAUAAGUUGGAUUCAUAUUUACUGAUAAAACUGGAACUUUGACUUGCAAUUAGUUAGUUUUCAAAGCGUUUGGAUUAUAAGAUAAAGUUUAUGGGUUAGAAAAAUGUCAUUAAUAGGAUAGGUUUUAAGAUGAUAAAUAUGAUUAAGAGAUGAUUGAAAUAUAAAAUAUAGAGUUGUAAAAAUCAAAAAGAUUUUAAGGUGCUGAUUUUUAUAAAGAAUUUAAUAGCUUUUCAAACAAAGAGAAGCUUGAAGAUUUCAUGAUUUAUUUAGCGAUGUGCCAUGAGAUUAUAGUUGAAAAUGAUAAAGAGAAAUUGAUUUAUAAUGCAUGCUCUCCUGAUGAUUUGUGUCUAGUAGAAUUUGCAAAAGAAUAAGGAUUUGAGCUUCUGGGAAUGGAUCAUGAAAAUAUUUUAUCAAUUAAAAAAAAGCUAUAAAAUGAAUAAGAAGAAAUAUUUAAAUUUAAAAUAUUAAACAUAUUACCUUUCUCAAGUGCUCGAAAAAGAAUGUCUAUUAUUUAUUAAAAAAUAUUAACAAAUUCAAACAAUAUAGACGUUGUAUAGGAAGAAAUAUACAUUUCUACUAAGGGAGCUGAUUCAAUUAUUAUGAGUAGAUUAGACUAAAAAUAAUAAGACUAAUUUGUUUUGUAGAAAACUCAUGAUUUUUUAAUUGAAUUCGCUAAACUUGGAUACAGAACUCUUGUACUUGCAAAAGGAAGAGUCGACAAUAAUUUUUAUGUUUAAUGGAGUGAAAAAAUGCAUUAGUCUUAAAUAAUUCUAACUUCUGAACGAGACGAAAUAGUAGAAAAAGUAAGUGACGAAAUAGAGUAAAACCUAAUAUUGUAUGGCUGCACAGCAAUAGAAGAUAAAUUGUAAGAAAAUGUUCCUCAAACAAUUUAAAAAUUAAGAGAAGCUGGAAUUUAGAUUUGGAUGCUAACUGGUGAUAAAAGGGAAACAGCAAUAAAUGUUGGUCUACUGAGUUCAAUCAUAGAGCCUUCUUACAAAAGAGUAGUUUUAGACUUUGAAUUCAGCAAGUAUUAAGAUAUCUUAGCUCUUUUAAAACAAGCAAAAAAAGAACUUCUUUCGUGUGAAGAGGGUAGAAAAACAGCUUUGAUCGUGAGUGGAGUCUCUCUUGAUUAAAUGUCGCACUAACCUAUUGAAACUCAUUCAGAUGAAUUGCUUACACUUUUCAUGAAACUUGCUCAAUAUGUCGAUUCCGUAAUUGUGUGCAGAGUUUCUCCCAAACAAAAAAGAUAAAUUGUUGAUUUAUUUAGAUAAAAGAACCCUGGAGCAACCACUUUAGCAAUAGGAGAUGGUGCCAACGAUGUAAAUAUGAUUAUAGGUGCACAUGUAGGAAUAGGUAUAAAGGGAUUAGAGGGAACCUAAGCAGCUAGAGCAAGCGAUUUUGCAAUAAAUGAAUUUUAGCAAUUGGGUAGAUUGUUGCUCUACUAUGGUAGGGAAUUUUACAGAAAGAAUAGCAAUUUAGUCCUCUAUAAUUUUUACAAGAACAUUUUAGUUGUACUUCCAUAGUUUUGGUAUGGCUUUUACAAUGGAUUUUCUGCUUAGUUUUUAUACGAUCUUUGGAUUUUCUAAAUGUAUAAUAUAAUAUUUACCUCAGCUCCUAUUGUAGUUUUCGCUUUAUUUGAUAAAGAAUAUAAAGGAAAAUUUCUCUAACAAAAUCCAUAUCCCUACUACUUAAGUGGUAUAUUAAAUGAGUGCUUUGAUAAAAAGACUUUUUGGUAAUAAUUUUUAAUUGCUAUCCUUUAAUCAGCCUUGAUAGGUGCUUGCUGUAUUUAAAUCUUUGACACAUCACUUGACAACUUGGAUACAUAUAUGCUUCUAGUAGGAAACUUUAUGUAUUCAAAUGUGAUCAUCAUUUCUAACAUAAAAAUAUUCUUAAUUUCAAAAUGUAUAACACCUCUAUUGAUAGCAUUUACAUUAGGAAGUAUCAUCGUGUAUUUCAUUAUAUUCAAGCUUCUAAAUUCUCUAGUUUUUUUAGAUGGAUACCAUAUAUUUGAUAGAUUAUAUGGAUAAGUAGAAGUUUGGCUUGGACAUAUUUUUAUAGUAAUUGCAUGCCUCCUGAUUGAUUAUGUCAUAAUAAACUUUAAAAGAAUUACAGUUCAGCUCAAUUAGAGUGAAGAGUCUAUUAAAAGGAUAAUUUAAAUACCAUUUCAAAAGAUAAGACUUUCAUACAGCGUCAAUUAAAACUAGAGCGAAUACUCUUCAUCAUCAAGGAUGAUAGAAAUGAAUGAAAUUAAAUCAUUUUCACAAAGAGCAAGUAUAUAAAAUUAGCAGCCUUAAUAUUUUUCCUAGAGAAAUAGUAGUCAUGUACUGAUAGGCACUCCAUAAAACUAACAGCAACAACAAUUUUUUAGUCCUAGUUCAAGAUCUUUCAAUAAUUUAAAUUAAAGUUUUAAUAAAAUUUAAAAAUGA